AUGUAUGCGACCCUCUUCAUUCUGCUGGUUUUCCUUCUCACCACAAACAAGCAAAAUGUGUAUGGAGGUAGGAUUAUACACGGGGAGAUAGUUCCACCUGGGACAUUGGAGUACAUGGCUUCUCUGCAGACGGUCAGCGGAACCCAUUUGUGUGGGGGAUUUCUGAUUAGUGACCUGUUUGUGAUCACAGCAGCUCACUGUGAAAAUGGCCAUGCCGACAGUGUGGUCCUUGGUGCUAAUGAUCUGAGCAACAUUGAUGACACCUUGAGAUACAAAUUCAGGAAAUGCGAAGCACCUUUUAAAUUUGAUAUUGGCUCAGACAUUAUGCUCCUCAAACUGUCCAGACCAUGCUUGCUUAAACCAGUGCCCUUGCCCCACGCUGAGGAGAGAGUCUUGGCUGAUGAUGAAUGCAGAGUGGUGGGCUGGGGUGCGACCCAAACCAACGGCUCACAGUCAAACAAGCUCAGAAUGGCCAACGUAUCCAUCAUAAGUCCCGAAACAUGCUCGGCAAAAUGGAGAGAAGCCAACGUACGAUUGCCAGAUGAGGUUAUCUGCGCCGGUGGGUACAAGACAGACAAAGGGUUCUGUCAGGGGGAUUCUGGUGGGCCGCUGAUCUGCAAUGGAAAAGCAGUUGGAGUCGUUUCUUUCUAUUAUUUAGGAAUUUGUGACUAUCCAACGAUCCCCAAUGUUUACACAAGCGUGAUGAAGUUUCUCCCCUGGAUAAAGCAUGCACUCUCUCAAAAUGGCUGCUGA